AUGAAGUCAUGGUUUCUUUUUAUUUGGUGCUGGAUUGCUAUCUUCUUGACACCGGUUCAUGCAGCAUUCAAUACCAAGGGGGAGGGCAAUUUCACAUCGUCAACAUAUGUGGUUUUUGCUGAUGAUGUGGCUAGUUCCACGGCUCUCAAACCUACUUUGAUGGAGUUUUCAUUCACCGAUGCUUUUCUACAUGCGGUUCGCAUGAUGCAGACAGCGGCUGACGUUCCAAACCAGCCAAAUCAACAGAAUCAAGGCGUUCCUGGCAAUGACGAUGAAAUAGAUCAGGAACCCUUCAUGGACUUUGACAAUCUGGACAUUUUACAAGAUUUUCCUGGAGACCAAGAAUGGUGGUUCUUUCGACCUGAUCCGCACAAUCUUGGAAGAAGGGAAACAUUGCGUCUCCAAGUGACAGCAACUACCUCCAUGAGGGAGAUUGAACAAUCGCUUACAGCAGCUUGGCCGGAUCUCCGUCCUGGACGACCAGAUUGGGAAAUUCUUCUUGCUCAUUACAAUGCCUUUGACGGAUUUCAUGCUCCGCUCACAGCAGGGAGCUCAGCCUUCAUUGUCAAGGUGCAGAAUGAUCUUGACCAGGGUUUAGCGCAAAGAUCCAUUAUAUUGCUCAGCCUUCGCACUUGGAUUGCCACCACUGGUUAUGCAGCGACAAGUCCACUGAGGGCUUUUGUUGUGGACACUCAGAGCUAUGUCAGAGAGUUUUUCCAGAGCAUUGACUUUCAUCAGCGUUGUGACAGAGCACCAUGUGCAAUUGAGCACAAUGGUCAAGUCCUUACUCCAUGGAAUCAUGAAUAUCCUCUACGUUGUUGGGAUGGUGAUUUUGUUCAAGUACAGGCAGUUGCUAGAGCAGAGGCGCUGAUGCAGAUCACAGGUUUGCAUGAUGCAUCACACUAUCCUACAUUGGAUGAGAUGCCGGAAGCAUUUCAACAAAAUGCCUUGCAAUCACUGACUGGUUUGGGAGUGGAGGAUGAUCAAAUUCUGUUGAUCACUGGGAACUUUCAGAUUUCUAUGACCUCAUGGAUACGUGACAUUUACAAGUUCACUGAAAUGCAGGCCAUUACCAAACAAUGCCUUGGUGUCUUUCUACCUGAAGGGGAUAACAUAGUGUUCAUGCGAUUCAAUCUGCAAACACCAUUCAAUGUCUAUGACCUGUACGAUGGUAUCGUGCAGUACAUGCUGGAUGGAGAUGAGCAGAAUUGGAACUUUGUUGCAAUCAAAGAAAUCGCAAAUUCUCACCUGGACAUGGAUACGCAGAUCUUGGGCAUUCAUUUGGAAACUCAUCAGUCCUUCUUUGAACUAGAUGCGCUUUGUCUGGUUGAAAUUCAUUUGCAGCAGAAUUUUCGCGGAACACUUGCAUUCCCAGAUAUUGAGUAUAAAUCAAGGUAUUUUCCAGUUCUGAUGACAGAAGAGCAGAUGUGGGGACAGCUUGAUUUGGAUCGUCUAUGCGUUGAUGAGGACUGCACCACUGUAGUUGAUGGACGCUUCAUUUUGAGAGGAGAUCGUUUUGCAGUAGAAGAUGGUAGCUUCAUCCAGAUCUAUAUUGGUGAUGAGCAUGAAACAAUGUCCACACAGAGUGAGGCAGUUGAAACAUCCGAAUUGACUGGUCAUACUCAAGAGAUGGAAAUCCACGCUGCAGAACCUCGAAGCGUGGAGCAACCAGACCUUACCACAGGGCAAUUUGGUAGUUUACCUUUUAGUCCUUGGGGAAGCAUUUGUCUGUCACUGCACAAACACUUUCCUGCUCUUUCUUGGGGUUUGUUUCUCACUUCCUGGACAGCGGUAGCAAUACAACUGCAAGUGAUGCGAGUUGGAGAAGCGCAACAUCCAGGACCUCGCAUGUGGAUUGGCACAACAAACCCGAGUGGAUUGAGAGGAAAAGAGGAAUCGUACUUUGAGUUACCUACUGGUAUUUGGGGCAUCUCAGAGACUCACUUGACUGCACUCAAUCAGAGGGAUGCCAAUUCAGCUAUGCAUAGACUCAGUUUGCGCAAGAAUCGAUUUCUUCAACUUCAACAUGGUGCACCAGUCCUGCCGCGAACGGCUAGUUCGACCGCGGGUACAUGGUCAGGAGUAAGCAUAGCAACCGAUUUGGCUUGCAGAGCUAUCUCCAUUCCCUGGCCACACUCUGAAUUUGCACUAGGACGAGUUCAGCUAGUUCAGGCUUGGUAUGGACCAUUUCAUGUAUCAGGGGCAAAUCUUUAUGGCUGGCCCAAGUCCCCUACAUGGCCUCGGGCUACUGAAGCCACCGAGCAGUUGCUUGCCCAUGUGACAAAGGAGAUGGUUCUAUCUAGAACUGGACCCAGAUUUGUGAUUGGUGAUUUCAAUUGCGAUGUUUUGGAAUCGCCUAGUGUUGCGAUCUGGAAAGCUCAGGGGUGGAUCAAUAUUCAAGAUUGGGCGUUUGAACAGCAUGGCAGGGCCUACACGUACACCAGCAAGCAGGUGAACAUUCUGGACCACGUGUUUGUAUCACCCGAACUGGCUCAGUUUCUAUGCUCAGUUGACUCAUGGAAUUUAUUCGCUGACCACACAGCAAUUGGGGCUGAAUUUGAUAUUCCAGUCAGGAUGGUGGAGCAGGUGGUGUGGCCAAUGCCGGCGUACAUUCCAUAUGACAAGGUCAACAUGGAGAAGUGGCAUCGAUACCCAUUAGAGCUGAACAUUCAGGGUUCCGUUGAUGAGCGAUUCCAACAACUGAGUGUUGCUUUUGAGAAUAGCUUUGAUGGCUGCAUUGAUGCACCAGGGCAGAAAUUGCCCCCAGCAAUGCGUGGGAGAGGACAGAAAUCGUCGCCAGAGAAAAGGCAGCAGCAGACACCGUUGUUGCGGCCAUCCAGACCAGGUGAAGUCCAACCUUCUUCAGACCUGCUUGGAAGAACGGUACACAAAUGGUUCAUGCAAUUGCGGCGCUUGCAAUCAAUGCUUCACUCCCUCAAGGCCAACAAGCAGACCUGGGAUGCCUGGAUAUACAGGGCCGAGCUCUGGAGAUCUAUUAAACAUGCCAAAGGUUUUGAUCAAGGCUUUGUGAAGUGGUGGACUCUCCGACAAGUGCAAUGUCAGGGGUCACCUCAGAACUGGCCUGAUAGGGUACCCACAGUACAGGUGAUGCAAUGUCUGUUUCAAGACUAUGAAAUCAACUAUAGAAGGUUUGAGGCCUGGCACGCAAAACAAAGGAGUGACAUGCUUCAACUGACGUUGAUGGAGAAUCAAGAGAAGAUCUUUGCAAUGGUUCGUCCCACAUGUAAAGCUCCUUUACAGCAUUUGGAAGAGAGAUGGGAUGUCCCAGUUUUGGGCAUCUCUGAUGAUCGCACACAACUGCAUCUGGAGCAUGAAAUACCAGUGGACAACACCUGCAUUGCGGAGAUUGAUGGUCAACAUAUUCAUGUGACAGCAGCAGAUGGACCAGUCGUCUCACUGGCGACUCAAGUUGAAGAGGAGGAUCCGGAAAUGGUUCGCAUCACCAAACACCAUUCUACGGUGGACCAAAUUCAGGAGCAUUUGGCGGCUUUUUGGAAAGCUCGAUGGUGGAAAGAACCACCAUCACAUGCGGACUGGCAGAGAAUCUUUGAUUUCUGUGCAGCCUAUAUUCCCAAACAACCAGAGAUGCAUGAAGAUAUCACACUGGCUCAAUGGCACACCAUUAACAAGCGCUAUGGUAAGACCUCUGCGCGUGGACCAGAUGGAUAUGCAAGAAGGGAUCUUCAAUGGAUGCCAGAAUGCCUCCAAGAAGAAAUGGUCUGUCAAAUCAACAAUUGGGAAGAAACAGGCACUUUCCCAAAACAGCUAUGCACUGGAUUUGUCCACCCACUUCCAAAGCGGGAAGAUUCGGUACUUGUCAACGACUUUCGACCCGUGAUCAUCUACAGCAUGAUUUACAGGUCAUGGUCAUCCUUAAGGGCACGUCAGUAUCUGAAGCUCAUUAAGACAUUGGCGGGAUGUCAUCAAUUUGGAUUUCUUCCACAAAAGGAGAACACAGAGAUUUGGAUGGUUUUGCAAGGUUGGAUUGAAGACUCAACUGUUUCACAGCAGGCCAUUGCGGGCUAUGUUGCAGACAUCGAGAAGGCUUUUGAAUGUUUACCGCGUGAACCUCUGCUCUGGCUUGGGAGAAGGAUGGGCAUGUCACGCAAGGUGUUAACAGUUUGGAAGUUUUUUCUGGACAACAUGACUCGCCGUUUUAUGCUGUCGAACCAGAUUGGACCAGCACUUGCUUCUACAUCUGGGUUUCCUGAGGGAUGUGGUAUGAGCUGCGUGGCAAUGGCUUUGACAAACGUUGUUUUUCACAAAUACAUGGAUGCAUAUUCGCGGAUCACAUCAUUGAGUUUUGUUGACAAUCUAGAGCUGGUCGGGCGUUCAGUGCAAUCAGUGCAUGAGGGAGUCUUGACUAUGGAGGCUUGGGCAAGUAUGUGGAUGCUUAAGCUGGAUGCAAGCAAAUGCUACGCUUGGGCUUCUUCAUCGACUUUGCGUUCACAAUGCCAAGCCGCAGGUUGGAAUAUCAAAACUCAUGCCAAAGAUCUCGGCGCACCAAUGACCUAUGGAUCGAAACACAGUGUGGUUGAUCAGCUGGACAGGAUCAAAGCCUUGAAGCCUGUAUGGGCCAUGUUACGCCGUCUCAAUUGUCCAAUAUGGGCAAAGCAGAGAGUUUUGUUCCAAGCGAUGUGGCCAAGGGCCUAUUAUGGUAGCGCUAUUUGCUGCAUGAGUUGGAUCCACACAAAGGCGUUGAGAACAGAAGCCAUGAGGGCAUUGAAAUGGAACAGAGGGGGCGCCAGCCCAGGCAUGCGUCUGGGAGUUUUGAGUGCACCUCUUACUGAUCCCGGAUAUUACCAUUUCUGGCAUACUAUUCUUACAUUUCGUCGAGUUCUCCGAAAACAACCAGGUUUUUUGGAUUUGUGGAAGUCUUACAUGGCAAAGUAUGACGGGAAGCAGUCUUAUGGGCCUUUUGGCAAGCUUCUAGAGGUGUGCGCACAAGUUGGCUGGCACAUUGAGCCUCCUUGCCUGAGAGAUCAUGAUGGAGUUCAAAUGCAUCUGGCACGAGUGGAUAUCAAGCUGCUGGAAGCACAAGCAGUGGAUGCAUGGCGGCAAAGCAUCGCCUACACUUUUGCUCAAAGAAAGGAUGUUCAUGGACUCUGCGGAAUUGAUUGGCGAGCGCUGGAUAAGGUGUUCCGGAACUUGCCCAAGUAUCAGAAGGAGACUCUGCAUGUGUUGCAGGAUGGCACUUUCAUGGAUGGGAAGAUGCAUAGCAAGUAUGACAAUACGAAGACAGGGAAAUGCGGGUUUUGUCAGCGAGAUGACACAUUUGCACAUCGUUGUGAAAUUUGUCCAGCAUAUCAAGAAGUUCGGAAUCGUCAUGCAGAACUUUGUCAACAUUGGGAUGAAUAUCCUACAUCCUUGACUCUUCGUCUUCUGCCUAGCAGGAAUCCGUUUGAACAAACCUACAGAAUCAAUCAAGCUUCAGAGGAGUCCAAACAGAUUGGCCUGCAGUGCUUAGCAUCUCGCCAACAGCUGGACUUGUUCACAGAUGGGUCUUGCAAAAAUCCUACAACACCAUGGGCUUCAGCCGGCGCAUGGGCUAUUGUCAGUGCUACUCAUGAUUGUGUGGUGGCCAGAGGAGUUUUAGGUGGACUGGAACAAACAAGUGACAGGGCUGAGUUGCAAGCCAUAGCAGUGGCAAUUGACUACGCAGUUCUGAAUCGAGGGGUCACCACUAUCUGGUCAGACAAUGCCUAUGCUACAGAGGGAGUGGCACAUCUCCUCCAAUCUGGCGAAUGUCCAUUUGACAAAUAUGAAAACCUUUGGAACCGAAUCCAAACUAGCCUACAGGGUCAUCAAGAUCGAAUUUUUGUGCAGCAUGUUACCUCACAUCGUUUAUCACUUCGCCUUAGCAUGGAUGUGGAUGACUGGACGGCGUAUUGGAACGGCCGUGCUGACCAUGAAGCUGAGGUUGCACAUUCAUUAAGGAGUUACGAAGUAGAAAGAGUACGACAAUCCAUGAUCGCACAUCAUAACAGGAUGGUGGAGAUCCUCGCGCAGUUUGUCAGCUUCCACUUAGACAUUGCGGAGUAUCAUGCUAACAUGGAUUAUGUGGACGUGCUUGAGGUUGAGGAGAUAAUGGAUUCAGAAGUACCUGAAGGGCUGGAUGGUCGCCGACUAUGUCUUGCACAUGUUUCAUGGCAAAGAGACCUACCAGAUUUUGGGUCGGAAGAUAUGAGGUGGCUGGCACUGUGCCAGCGAUUUAGCUUGGAUUUUACCAGGGGCAUGCUACAUUGGCUCAGGGAAGAGACAUCAUUGCAGGAUGUGGUUACCUACAAGAUGUCAUUGAUUGAGAUAGCAGUGUCGCUGUGCUCUGGCUUUCGUGGAAUCCAACUACCUCAACCUGACCCAGAUCGCAGACUCUGUUGGCAAUACUUUGCCUUGGCAAGACCGAUGGAGAGAUUGCUGAGGCAAGCAAAUUGCUUUCGAAUGCGACUUCCAGCCUACUUCAUCCGCAGUACAGAUCACUCAAAGGCCGCUCUGUCGUCUUCCAUCACUGUCCUCAAAGGAGACAGGUAUGAUGCCAGCUUUGCGUCCCGCAUCUAUCAAGCAACUUCAAGGUUGGAGAUCGCUAUUUUUCGCAGUUAUGGACCAGGCAUAGAAGUGAACUCCGCCGUGACCGUCAUGGGAUGUGUAUUCGCAGUGCUGAUGAUUGUCCACGCAGCUGGUCUCGUGAGAAAAGCUGGAGGUGCGCAGAGUCCCAGAAGAAGCUUAGUGGCGCGAGCAGAUGUUGGCCCUGACAAGAUUGGCGCUGCGACCACGCAUGAUGGACAUGUGCGACGGGGGAGCAUUUCGAGCGCAGAAGAACGGAUCACGUGUGAUGCCCUCGCAGACUUUUGCCUGGGACUCUUCCUCUCCCUGGAGUUUUGCUUGUUGACUUUGUAUUUGGUGACUCAUACUUUUGUGACUGAAGCGAUUGUUGCAUCCACUUUGGCGGCAUUGCUGAUGCCCAUACUUCUCGUACCGUAUCUUCUUGGCAUGGAAGGUGGUGCGCGAAGCCCAGUGGCUGAUGUCUCAGAAUCCAAGGAACAUCCUGCCAAGAGGUGGUCAACAAGGCUGAAUGCUUGGAAGCCUGCAGAAAAGAGUCGCUUUUGUGUCAAGUUGCUCAUGCUCUUGGUCUUCUUUGCUCUGUGCUUGGUGUAUCACAUCCAGGUUGCGUGUUUCUAUAUCCACAAGUACACAUUUGCCUGCAGAAGAAGGAUGAAACGAUGCAAAUGUAAAUGUGCGUGCGUCGUAAACUUCCUGAUUGCUGCUCUGGCAGCUGUCUCUCGAGCAUUGGUGUCAACAUCGGUUUACACCAUCAUAUACAGGACUUCAGAGAAUAAGCAGGUGGUGUGUGCCACCUUCGCGAAAUGCCUAUGUUUCUGCUGCAGCCUUCCAGUGUUGCUGUUCAUCAUCAUCGAUAUCGCCAUGCAGCCAGCGGUGCCCAGCGAUCUGCUGCUGGCGGUUCCCAGCGACGGAGAGGUCAUCCUGUGGAGCCUCAUCAGCUGUGUGGUGCUACUGCUUGGUCGACAGCUACUGCUGUUCUGUACAACAGUUCCACUACAUGAAGACUGUGAAGACUGUGAAGACUGCGAAGACCGCGAGGCGGAGCAAGAGGAGGAAGAGGCUGAUCCUGAACAUGCCUUUGGUGAUGCUUGUGUUCCUGAUGAUGCCGAGGACUCACACAUGGCCAGCAAAGAUGUAUCCAUGACGGGCAAGGAUCAUGAGGUGUUGAUAGAGCCAGAACCUCCGUGGAACCGUGAAAGCCAGGUUUCCAAGCCGCCUGAAUCUGAUGGAGGGAGCAUUUUGCCAGCAAGUGCACUGCCUUCAAAUCAGGUUUCAAUGAAUCCAGAUCCUCCUGCGUGGAACAAUCUGCCUGUGACAAGUGGAACUUCUGCAAGUCAGGCUGCACAGCCGUCUGAACCUCCUCCCUGGAAGAUUUUGCCAGCAAGUGCACUGCCUUCAAAUCAGGUUUCAAUGAAUCCAGAUCCUCCUGCGUGGAACAAUCUGCCUGUGACAAGUGGAACUUCUGCAAGUCAGGCUGCACAGCCGUCUGAACCUCCUCCCUGGAAGAUUUUGCCAGCAAGUGCACUGCCUUCAAAUCAGGUUUCAAUGAAUCCAGAUCCUCCUGCGUGGAACAAUCUGCCUGCGGCGACUGGAACUCCGGCAACUUCUGUAACACAGGUAUCUGUGCUACCCGGUCCUCCUGCAUUUGUCACUUUGCCGAUUGCAAGCGGAACUUCGCUAGUGAAAGAGGCGCAAACAGAGACAAACACAGCACCAGGAAGCGCUGUGAACGAGACUGUUCUUCGCCGGCUUUCAAGAAUUUCCCAGCACUUCCUGGGUGCAAAGGCCAACUCCGGUGAAUGGGGUGUGUCCAGCUCCGAAAUUUCAGAGGCGAAGCCACAGUCUUUCUUGAAGGCCAAGCGGAAGAAAAAGAAAAAGAAGGUGAGACAGACUGCUGCUGUUCAGCUCCACAUGCUCCCACAGUAUCGCCUCUCCUUUUCCCUUCUCUUGGUGCAGGAGAGACCUUUAGAAAUGGAAUGUAGCGCCCGUGAUACACGGAGCAGCGCCGAAAGUGUUGCUGGGACCACGACUGCACCAAUGGAGAAAAGGCACAUUGGUGUUCGAAAAAAAGAAGACGACAAUGCAAAGUCAUCUGAAGCGAGCAAGUUCAGCAAUGAAAUGACAGCACCAUGCAAAUGCAAACCUGUGUGGAAGGGAGUCACUGCAGAUGCCUACACAAGCGUUGCGCAGCAGCGAGCAUCAGAUAGGAAGCGCCGAGAACAAGCGGAAGAUAGAAGAGAAGAUCACAAACCCAAAUUCAUUCAGCCACAAAAGGAGAAGCGUUUCAAAAUCUACAUGAAAUACGAAGGCCGGAAAGGUCCACCAGCUUGGAUCAAAUCGCGACUUCCCAAGCAUGGAGGUUUCGAGGAUGGUCCAUCUGUAGCAAUCAAGAAGAUGUUUGUGAACUUCUACAACCGCGUGCGCGAGAUGUUGUCCGUUCACAGUGUUCAUUUACGCAGCGAGACUGGCAUCGCCAUACCUGACGAGGAUUCAAUUGCUGGCUAUGUCGGAUAUGGUGGCUUGAUCUAUGUGGUUGAUGGGUCAUCUCCAGGGAAGCUUCCUGAGAAUGUCGUGUACUUCUGGGGCUCCAACUCCUGGAGUGAUCCGAAAGGUGAUACACCGUCGCCUGUUCUGACACUGCAGCGAAAGAGAAUAUGUCAGAUCAGUGUCGGCAAAGAGCAUGCAGUUGCUCUGACAGAAGGUGGCAGGAUAUUCGCCUGGGGCAAGAACGACUUUGGUCAGCUCGGAACAGGUGACGAGGAAAAUCGCGCUCUUCCAUCGUACACGGAGCUUCCAUACGAGACUUAUAUCUCGCAGAUAGCAGCUGGAGGCAACUACACCAUCGGUGUCACAAAGCGGGGAGAUAUCUGGAGUUGGGGGCGAUUCCAGGCCUCCAACUUCCCAAGAAUGUUCACAGAGACCUGGUGCAAUGGCUAUGAAGCCAAAGGAGAGAUGGGCUUGAAGGGUCUCAAAAUUGUUCGUGUUUCAGCUGGCGACCAACACAUGGGCGCGCUGACGAAGGAAGGAAAGCUCUACACAUGGGGCUACAAUGAUUUUGGCCAGCUUGGCUGGGGCUUGCAUGGUGAGGGAAGAGUUGGGCAGCAGAGACCGAACCAGGUCAAAGGUUUGCUCGAAAGUGAGGAAAUCAUUGAUUUUGCUUGUGGAGGUGGUCAUACAGUGGCUAUCACCAAAAGCUGUCGAAUUUUUGGCUUUGGAUCAAACACAAAUGGACAGCUAGGCCAUGCGAUGCGGCAAUGCUUCCCAGAGCCGGUCGAAAUUCCAUUGGGUGAUCCUGUCUCAAAGGUGCGUGCCGGCUGGCAAUGUACAGCAUACAUCACCGAGAGCGCUCGACCUAUCAUUUGCGGCGGCAUCCGUGCUGAGGGCCCAAGUGUGUCUGACAUGCAGCAAGGUGGAGAGGAUGGUGAGGGACCAGCGCCCGAGAUGUCCAGAGGUGGCUAUGGCGGCGGUCCGCAACCAGAGGCUGGUGUGAUGGACAUGGUCAGCACCACUGGUGUUGAAGUGAUGACUGAAGUCGUCACUGAAGCAUCGGUUGGAGAGGCACAUGGAAUCCUUGUGUGCUAUGACGGCACCUUGCGCGGCUGGGGGUACAACCGGCAGAAGCAAGCGAUCGGCGACGAGACAGACGACACUUUUGUGAAGCCGCAGGCAGUCGAUGACAUACCAUUUGACGCCUACAAGGGGCUCUCUGUUGCUGUUGGUGGAGCUCAGAGCUAUGCCAUCAUGCAACCGCGAGCCUAG